CACAAGUGACAGUUUAUAAAAUAUUGUACGACUGUUAGAGAAUAUGAAAGGGGUUCACCACUCUCAGAUUGCUGGAUAAUGAUAAUAGCGAACAACUACCAUCGCAGCAAAAAUUGCAUUGGUUGAACCCAAACAUAUAGUGAUAUAAGGUAACAAAUUAUCAUUUUACCAAUAUAGCCUAAAAACAAUUAAUUAUAUUAUUCUAAACAAUUAAAAAAAAAAAAACCCAACCGACGACGGACCGACUAAGUAUAUAUAUAUAUAUAGUAUUUUUUUCGCGUGAAAAUGAUGGGGUUGAGCAAACCGAAAGCCGUAAACCCCGAGAUUCCUUUGACGCAGAUUAAAGACAUCCAAAACAACAUGAACAACAUAAACGUGAUGUGCAUAGUGUUAGAGGUCAACGCGGCCGUGCCACUCAAGGACAACCACGAAGUUCGGACUGUCAAAGUGGCCGACAACAGUGCUUGUAUAAACUUCUCGGUUUGGGACGAGCCCGGUUCGUACUUGUUUCCCGGCGACAUCAUACGCGUCCACCGGGCCUACGCCAUUUACUUCCGCAAUUGCCUCACCCUGUACGUCGGGAAAAACGGCGAAAUCGAAAAAAUCGGCGAUUUCAUCAUGACGUUCAACGAGGCGGUCAACAUGAGCGAGCUCAACAUGAACCCGCCGGCACCGCUGCCGCCGCCCGGGGCCAACGGCAACAACGCGGCCACCCGGGUCAGGCGGACGGGCAUGACGGGCGGUAUGCGUGUACGCAAGCAGUCGCCGUCGGCCACGGCCACGAAGAAAAAAAACAAUAACAACGGCCAGAGUGGACCCGCCGCUAACCAAAUGAGAUCUGAACGGAAAUAAACGUAGCGCAUUAUUGAUUUUUUGUCACUUGGGUACGCCAAUGUAUUUUUUUGAUUUUUUUAAAAAAGAAUUCUGUGAUAUCAACCUUGUGUUUUCGACGCAAUUUAUCAAUUAAUUUUUGUAUUAAACAUAUAAUAUUUAAAAUAUGUGUAACUAAGCUGUAAACAUCCCGAGUUUGACA